AUGAGUGAAUCAAGCAAGACAGAGUCCUCCGAUGGAAAAUUCAAAUCACAUAAUUUAUUUGUCAACAAACUUCUUAGGGGCUCAAAACUCAGGCCCUCCCAAGCUGAAAGCAGAGAAGGGAAAAAUGACCUCAAAACUGACUUCCAGGCCAGCGACAUGUCUCUGAAGAUGUCCAGCGUAGACACUGCUACGCCUCCCUGUUCAGACAUGGAAAUGGAAUCCAGUAUGGAAGAAAAUGAUUGGUUCCCAAAGAAGCGGGGCAAAAAGGUUGCUGACAAGUGUCUGGACCUGAAUCGCAGUGGAUUAACAGCAGCAGAUGUGAAGGAAAUGGAUGCUUUACUGCCUUUCCUCCCGGACGUGGAAGAACUGGAUAUUUCCUGGAAUGAUUUCAUCAGCGGGACCCUCCACUCAGUCAUGCGACAACUCCAUCUUGUCAGCAAGUUAAAAAUCCUGAGGCUCAGUAGCUGCAGACUCACCACUGAGGAUGUUCAAGCACUGGGAGCAGCUCUUGAAACAGUACCUGAACUUGAAGAACUAAACUUAUCCUGGAAUAGCAAAGUGGGAGGAAGCUUGCCUCAGGUUCUCCAUGCAUUCCAGAUGGGGAGCAAGAUACAAGCUCUUGAACUUGUAGACUGCGCCCUCACAUCAGAGGAUGGGGUGUUUGUGGGUCACUUGCUCGCCAAGCUGCCAAGCCUUGAAGUACUUGACCUCUCCAUUAACAUAAACGUUGGUGGCAGUCUAAAUAGUAUUGCACAGGGAUUAAAAAGCACGUCAGUUCUGAAAAUACUGAAGUUACAUUCAUGUGGAUUACCAAAAGAGAGUGUUAAAAUAUUGGAUGAUGUAUUUACACACUUGGAUGGGCUGAGGAAACUGGAUCUCUCCUGCAAUAAGGAACUGGGUGGAGGUUUUGAAGAUGUGCCUGCUCGGUUGGUCUUGCUGAAACAUCUAGAAGUCCUCAACCUUCAUCAGUGCUCGCUAACAGCAGAUGACGUGGCUUCGUUGACUCAGGUUAUCCCUUUACUCUCAAGCCUUCAAGAACUGGAUUUGUCAUCCAACAAAAAGAUGGGUAGCUCUUCAGAGAACCUACUCAGCAGGCUCCGAUUUUUACCUGCAGUGAAAUCAUUACUGAUCCACAACUGUGCUUUGGAAAGUGAGACUUUCACAGCUCUGGCUGAAGCAUCUGUUUAUCUUCCUGCUCUGGAAAUACUCAACCUUUCUUGGAAUAAGUGUGUUGGUGGUAAUCUGGAGCUGCUUCUAGAAACACUAAAGCUGUCAAAGUCUCUUCAAGUGCUGAGGCUGAGCAGCUGCUCCCUGGUGACAGAGGACGUGGCUCUUCUGGCCUCUGUCAUCUGGACAGGCCAUCUAGCCAAACUGCAGAAGCUCGAUCUGAGCUACAAUGACAGCAUCUGUGAUGCAGGAUGGGCCAUCUUCUGCCAAAGCCUGUGGCUCCUCAGAGAGUUAACUGAGCUGGACAUCAGCCUUCGGCCAUCAAGUUUCCGGGAUUGUGGACAGGGGUUCAGAUACUUGCUAUACGCCGUGAGCAAACUUCCUGAGAUCAGUGAGAUAGGGCUGAGGAGAUGGACAGUCUUGCCUUCACAGGAGGAAGAGCUAGAAUGCUUUACCCAUGACUGCAGAAGAGACAAUUUUGACCAUGGUGGGUUUCUUUAG